GACAAGCUGGCCUCAAACUCUCAGAGAUCUGCUUGCCUCUGCCUCCCAAGUGCUGGGAUUAAAGGCGAAGAUCCUUGUUUAAAAACAGAAACAAAUUAGAUAUAUAGUGACACCCUGUCUGCAAAACCAAGUUUUCAGAGCUUUGGGUCAACAUUAGUAAAACAGUUAGUGUGGAGUGAGGAAAAGGAUAGAGUGUGUUACAGCACAUUUUACUCUGGUGGUAAAAUUCUACAAGUCUUAUUAGAUCUUCAGGGUUGUUUGGUAGGAGGGGGGUGAAUUUCAUUGCCUUUUCCUACCCUACCCCAAAGAAGCAUGUUAAUAGACUACUGUUUCUGAUUGUCCCGGGAGUCCCUUUAACUUUUGCAUGCAUUUUGAGCUGUGACUCUUGUCAGAGUUGUUCGAGUCUUGGUAAGAGUGUGUUGUGAUUGACUGCUUUAUGUGCUUGUUUAUUUUCAUAGCAUUUAAAUCAAGCGGUAUUGAAAUGGAUUGGGUUAUGAAACAUAAUGGUCCAAAUGACGCUAGUGAUGGCACAGUGCGACUUCGUGGACUGCCAUUUGGUUGCAGCAAAGAGGAAAUAGUUCAGUUCUUUCAAGGGUUGGAAAUCGUGCCAAAUGGGAUAACAUUGACGAUGGACUACCAGGGGAGAAGCACAGGGGAGGCCUUCGUGCAGUUUGCUUCAAAGGAGAUAGCAGAAAAUGCUCUGGGGAAACACAAGGAAAGAAUAGGGCACAGGUAUAUUGAGAUCUUCAGGAGUAGCAGGAGUGAAAUCAAAGGAUUUUAUGAUCCACCAAGAAGAUUGCUGGGACAGCGACCGGGACCAUAUGAUAGACCAAUAGGAGGAAGAGGGGGUUAUUAUGGAGCUGGGCGUGGAAGUAUGUAUGACAGAAUACGACGAGGAGGUGAUGGCUAUGAUGGUGGCUAUGGAGGUUUCGAUGACUAUGGUGGCUAUAAUAAUUAUGGCUAUGGAAAUGACGGCUUUGAUGACAGGAUGAGAGACGGAAGAGGCCCUAUGGGAGGACAUGGCUAUGGUGGAGCUGGUGAUGCAAGUUCAGGUUUCCAUGGUGGUCAUUUUGUGCACAUGAGAGGGCUGCCUUUCCGUGCGACUGAAAAUGAUAUUGCUAAUUUCUUCUCACCACUCAAUCCAAUACGCGUUCAUAUUGAUAUUGGAGCCGAUGGCAGAGCAACAGGCGAGGCAGAUGUAGAGUUUGUGACACAUGAAGAUGCAGUGGCUGCCAUGUCUAAAGAUAAAAACAACAUGCAACAUCGAUACAUUGAACUCUUCUUGAAUUCCACCCCUGGAGGUGGCUCUGGAAUGGGAGGCUCUGGAAUGGGAGGCUACGGCAGAGAUGGAAUGGAUAAUCAAGGAGGCUACGGGUCUGUUGGGAGAAUGGGGAUGGGGAACAGCUACAGCGGAGGCUAUGGCGCCCCUGAUGGCUUGGGAGGCUACGGUAAGGAGUUGUUUCUGUAUCCUGGUAGUGUCCUUCAUUUAAACUCAUGGAUGUCUCCUGAUGGGCGGUUCUUGCUGUCUUCUUAAGGUCGUGGUGGUGGAGGCAGUGGAGGUUACUAUGGGCAAGGUGGAAUGAGUGGAGGUGGAUGGCGUGGGAUGUACUGACAGCACCACCCCAACGUGCACAUCCUAACACACCUGCUUUACUAGACUUUCUUACAGAUUUCAUUUCUUUUGUAUUUCAAGAACUUUAUAAUGACUGAAGGAAUGUGUUUUCAAGAUAUUAUUUGGUAAAGCUGUGAUGGGAAAAUGUUUUCUGUAGGUUUUAUUUGUUGCAUACUUUGACUUAAAAUAAAUUUUUAUAUUCAAGUCA